GCGACUUGUCUGCCUAGGUACCUACCUAUUUCCGUUAAACCUUAAACCAGUUCGUGUUUAAAAUGAGUGACAAUCUGACUUGUCUCACGUAACUAUUUUGAUUCGUGUAAAAAAUAGGGCAAUGACGGGACCUUGGUGAUAGAACAAUACCAAUUACCAAGUCGCUUGUUUAAGAUGAAGGCAACGGCAGUGCUUAGGCUGGCGUUCCGUGAGGUGCGAAUACCUAGUUCCCUUGACCGAAGGCGCUGCGCUCAGUCGCCGCUCAGCUCUCUGCCUAUAUCCUCGUGCUUCAUCCGAGAUCAACUGCUACAUCGAAAAGCACAAAACCCGACCGGCUCGUUUCCUAAUCGCAGUGCAAAGUCAUGCGUCGUGUGAACUGUGCCCCAUCCCUAGUCACAUUUCCCUCACAUUUCUCACCGUGUAUCCCUCAAGUUUUAGUUGAAUAAGUGACUGAAGUGUAUGUGAAAAAAUGGAUCAGCCGGAGCUUCAGGAGUUGCUGCAGAAACCGAAGUCGGUUCUGCUUGCAGAUCACAAGAAGGCCACAAUAAUCCCAAAUCAAGGGUUGAGCAAAGAAAAGCACCAAGAGCCAAUCGAAGACAAUGAACAAGGGGACGUGGUAUCGGCGAUCAUCGGUGACUACGGCCGGUGGCAGCUGCUGAUGACCUUCCUCUUGUCACUGUUCUCUUUCCCGUGCACUUUUCACAUAUAUUUACCUACAUUUACGGCAAAAAUGACAAACUUUUGGUGUCGAAGACCCGAUAAUUUAUCUAGUCUACCAUUAGAUGAUUGGAUUAAUUACAGCCAACCAAUAGAUGCAUGCUAUGUUCGUUUGCUUCCCGCUGGAAUAAGUGCGGAAAGUAUCAUUAACAACACGGCUCCUAUCUUAGACUCCUUCCAGAAGUGUACAGAAUGGGAUUAUGAUCGGUCCGAAGUCGGUGACACCAUAAUUUCGGAAUGGAAUCUCGUGUGUGACCAAGCCAAUCUCACUGUAUUGGGCGAAGUACUGUUUCUAGUUGGUGUUGGCGUUGGUGGAGUUAUUGGUGGUUGGAUAUCGGACAAAUUUGGCCGUAAAAGAAUACUCAUGGGCAUGAUGAUCGCUCAAAGCGCACUGGCCAUCUUGUCCCUCCUGGUACGAACUUACGUGCAAUAUAUUGUAGUGAGACUCUUCAUGGGCCUAGUGUCGGUGUCUGUGGUGUACGCCGCUUUCGUCCUCUCCGUGGAGCUGGUUGGGGGGCCUUGGGUGACAAUUGCAGGAGUUUGCAAUUUCUUCCCUCUGCCUCUGGCUUAUGUGAUUGUAUCGUUGCUCUCAAUGGUCAUGCCAAAUUGGAGGGAUGUACAACUCUCAUUAUCAGUACCAGGGUGUUUCCUGAUUGUGUUAUGGUUUGUUUUGCCAGAAUCUCCAAGAUGGUUAUUGAGUGUUGGAAGAACACAGGAAGCCAAAGUUAUACUAGAAAAGGCAGCAAAGUUUAACAACAAGGGAAACGCAGUUGAUUUGGAUAAAAUGUUAACACUAUACAAACCAGAGGCCAGAAAAGAAGAACCUAAUGUUCUAAUGCUGUUCAAAGGAUGUCUGAUGAAGAGAACAUUUUGUUUGUUUAUGGCUUGGUUUUCAAUGACCAUUGCUUAUUACGGCCUCGUCUUGAAUAUUGGAAAAUUCAAUAUAGGCAAUUUGCACAUGACGUCGAUCAUACUCGCUUUAGUAGAAGUACCGGCGAUAGCUUUAAGCAUUCCUAUAUUAUUUAAAGCUGGUAGACGCCUGCCUAUAUUCGCUUCAAUGAUUUUAUGUGGAGUCGCUUGUAUAGCAAGCGAGCUCUUAUCAAUAUCAUUCAACGAUGAGUGGGUUAUGAUAGCAUGUCUUAUGGUGGGAAAGUUUGCGAUUGCUACGACGAAUAUGAUGCUACCGAUAUUUACUGCGGAGUUAUAUCCAACCAUAAUAAGAAACCUUGGUGUUGGUGCCAGCCAGAUUGCAUCAGGAUUUGCGCUAAUAUGCAUACCAUAUUUAUGGGAAUUGGCCAAAUUAAAUCUUCACUUACCAAUGGCGACGAUAGCUGCCUUAAGUGCUGCAGGAGGCACUAUAGUUCUUUUAUUACCUGACACUGUUGUUUCUUCGAAAGAGAACACAAGGAAGUCUGCGAACUCCCCCUGUAAUGGAACAUUUACGAUUACCGACGACAGAAGUCACUAGCUGGACGUGGCUGUACGUGAUUUAAGCCUGAUAUGUACACCACAACGGCAAUGUAAGCCGCAGGGCAGGACGAACGCAGGACGUUAUCGUCAACGGACUUAUACGCACCUUUUAAGACCCGGUAUCCAGCAGAGUGGAGAUGGGUGGAGAUGUGUUUAGCAGACCAAUCAGAUUAAUAGGAUUCCGUACCAAAAAGGUGCCAACGCGAACGUGACAUACUCUAUUACAGCUUGCCUGAGCUGAAAUGACGCGCCCCACUAAAUAAUUUUGUUGAUUUGGAUGUAAAUUGUGCUAGUGGGGCGCGUCAUUUCAAAUAAUUAGAUAAGCUGUACCUCCGUCCGUCUUUCUGUCAGCGGGAUGAAUCUCAUGAACUCUCUCUCUCUCUCUCUCUCUCUCUCUCUCUCUCUCUCUCUCUCUAGGUAGAGAGUUGAAACCACGGAAUGUGUAUUUCUAUUGCCGCUACAACAACAAAUAAUAAAAAUUUCAAAAUUAAAGAACCCUAAAAAAUUAAAAAUCAUAAAAAAUGAAAAUUUAUCCCUAUAUGAUGUGAUAAUUUUUUCACUUCAUCUAACAGUAAUCUGAUUGGUCCACUAAAAAUAUGUCAGUGGAAAAGCGUGCCAUUAGAUAUUAUGUAGCACGCGUGAUUUUUUAGCACUGUGAACAGGCUAAAAAAUCACGGGCUAAGAUAUUGUAGAUUGGUCUUUGACUUUGCUUAAAUUUAAGAGGUGUUAAAACGAGACAGUGUCCCCUAUCCCUGGCAUAAAUUCUGUCUCCUGUUAUAUUGAAACAAAUGAGAUGAGCCGCGUGUACACGUUUCCAUGGCGUCGUUGACUUCACGCGCUCUCAUUUUAUUUCAGCUCUCGGAAUGCCAGUUAGAUUAUUAUUAGUAUCUAGGUAUUAACUAAUAAACAAGUGAUAGUAAGAUAUCUAAGAUAAUUAUUGUAAAAAUACAAAAUACAAUAAGCUAAAUAGUAAGUAAAUCAAAAACAAAUAGUUUAAGUUUAAUGGUUGUUUAGAUGGAUAUCUUAUUUUAAAGUAUUUUUUAAUAGUCAAAAUUGAAUCUAUUCCUGGUUUGAAAUAUCCUAAAAAUCCCUUUCUGACGGAAAAACCAGCAAGAUACCUACUUGUCAAAUAAAUAUACCGA